AGAGAGAGAGUGAGAGGACGAGAGAGCCCCAAAAGGGAAGAGGGAGAAAUGAAUGAGUUCAGCUUCAGCUACUGAUGUGAGGGAGACAGAGAGUGAGAGCGCGAUGUAGAGAGAGAGAGGGAGAUAGAGCGAUAAGGGGGUGUUUGAAAGCAAAGUGCUGUGACUAGUUGAAGCCAGAGGUAGGAGAAAGGUAGGGUAAGGAGGCAGAAGAGAGGGAGAGUUCUCUUUCUCCCCCCCGUAAAGACGGGAGGUUGGCCUCGACGUCAACUUCUCCUUCCUCCUCCACCUCCGGCUGAUCGAUUUUUGCAUAGAACCUAAAAGAGAGCCGCUCCAAGACGCACAAACCUUCUUCAAUACCCCUCUCUCUCUCGCGCACCUUUGGGCUGAGCCGCCAUGGGGACUGUAAGCGAACUUUGCGUGUCCAGUUUCCAAGCGUUCAUGUGUCCUACGGUGAAGGCUCCCCCUCCGCCUGCGCCUCCCCCUCCGCCUCCCACAGUGCCAGAUGACCUCACUCCUCAGGAGCAGCAGGAGCUGGAGAAUAUCCGCCGACGCAAGCAGGAGCUCCUGGAAGACAUUCAGCGUCUGAAGAAUGAGAUAGCAGAAGUGACCAGUGAGAUUGAGAACCUGGGUUCCACCGAGGAAAGGAAAAAUAUGCAGAGGAACAAACAAGUGGCCAUGGGCCGAAAGAAAUUCAACAUGGACCCCAAAAAGGGGAUCCAGUUCCUCAUCGAGAAUGACCUGCUGAAGCACACCAGCGACGACAUCGCCCAGUUCCUGUAUAAGGGGGAGGGGCUAAACAAGACAGCCAUCGGAGACUAUCUUGGGGAGAGAGAUGAGUUCAACCUCCAGGUCCUGCAUGACUUCGUGGAGCUCCAUGAAUUCACCGACCUGAACUUGGUCCAGGCCCUGAGACAGUUCCUGUGGAGCUUCCGGCUUCCCGGCGAGGCCCAGAAGAUUGACCGUAUGAUGGAGGCCUUCGCCCAGAGAUACUGCCAGUGCAACCCUGGCGUCUUCCAGUCCACAGACACCUGCUACAUCCUGUCCUUCGCCAUCAUCAUGCUGAACACCAGCCUACACAACCCCAACGUGAAGGACAAGCCGGCGGUGGAGCGCUUCAUCUCCAUGAACCGAGGCAUCAACGAGGGGGGGGACCUGCCGGAGGACCUGCUCCGGAACCUGUACGACAGCAUCAAGAACGAGCCCUUCAAAAUCCCCGAAGACGACGGGAACGACCUCACGCACACGUUCUUCAACCCGGACCGAGAGGGCUGGCUGCUUAAACUGGGAGGGGGACGUGUCAAAACCUGGAAGAGAAGAUGGUUCAUUCUCACAGACAACUGUCUCUAUUACUUUGAGUACACCACUGACAAAGAGCCCAGAGGAAUUAUUCCCCUGGAGAACCUUAGCAUCCGGGAAGUGGAGGACAAGAAGCCUAACUGCUUUGAGCUCUUCAUCCCCGAGAACAAGGACCAGGUCAUCAAGGCGUGUAAGACUGAGGCGGACGGCAGGGUGGUGGAGGGGAACCACACCUUCUACCGGAUCUCCGCCCCCACGCCAGAGGAGAAGGACGAGUGGAUGAACAGCAUCAAGGCUGCCAUCAGCAGGGAUCCCUUCUACGAGAUGCUGGCCACGCGCAAGAAGAAGGUCUCCUCCAUAAAGAGGCACUAGAGCUGCUUUGGACUCCACCCCUAUGAACCUCCCAACGUGUAGCCCCUCCCCACCCGGUGCCCUUGAGAGAGUUUGGACCGAGCCCGCUCGGGCCCUGGGAUGUGUUUUUAGGGGGCGUGACUGUGGUUGCAGAACCGACAGGGGGGCAUGCUGGGUUUCCUCAGAACAAGGGGCCAACACCCCCCCCUCCCAACCAACCUCACCCUAACCCCUGGCACCGGUCUCAUGUCGCUGAAUGUUCGCCAUCUCUCGCUCGGCUCAGUCCUCUGUGUAUUUUUGGAGGAGGGGGUCCGUCGCUCAGUGACCCACACUCGUGUUCACACACCCACACACACACCCACACUGAACUCAGACUGUACACACACACACACACACACACACACAUAUAUAUAUAUAUACCUUAUCUAAACUCAGCAGGUCUGACAGAGUUGUCAUCCCAACCAAAAUAUUCUUACUUGCUUUCAGAAAGAAAAGAAAGAUGCUUUUCUUGUGUGCUUUAAUACAGUUGGCAACGUGUGUAUGUUUUUACAGCUUAAUACUGUAUAUAUUCCUCUCAGAAUCUUGUGCUUUGGUUUUUGUUUUUUAAAUACAUUUUUGAGAAAGAUAACUGAUGGGUUUAAUUGCCAACCGACUUGUGAUUUUGUAGAAACGAGAAGAAAUAUUUUUUUUUAAGUCUUUUUGUCAAAGUUGCCUCUCAGGAGAUUGCUGCUUGGCUCUGUCUGUAUCAGGAUCAGCGUUGACUCUUACACUGUCACUCAAUAGGAGUCCAUUUACAAUGACUGAAGGAAAUAGCCGUCAAAAUUCAAUUGAUACUGAACAAAAUGGAUGUUAUUUCUUAGCUCUCCGUGUUCAUUUGAUGUGACAAUAUUCUAUACUGUAUGUUUUGCCCCCAAACCUUAACUUAAAAACGCUGGUUGUAUGACAGCAGUUUGGAUGUGCUAGCUUGGUUGUACAAACACACUCCAAAACACAGUUGUUUCACACAACACAGGGUUGUGUUCAUUAGGUAUCAAAUGGAAGACUGCGGACUCUUCACUUACCAGUAUGCUUGUUUUCAUUUCUCAUUGCACAACAUCUCCCGUUGGGUGCCCUAAUGACCAUGACAUUGAUGCUUGAUUUGGACACUGUCUUAGCAUGGGAUUAUGGGACAGGCCUUGGCCCUCCCUUUUCAUUACCUGUUAGAAUUUCCGAUCCGGUCACGGAACCAGCAGGCCUCUCAGACUGUUAGUUUGGAGCUCUGUUAAUUCAGAGUUCAGUUCAGGAAAUGACAGGACUUUGUGGUGUCUGGUGUAACUCUUCGUCUGUUCCCCUUCUAUGGACAGUUCACGCCUUUUACCCCUCCUCGUCUCGUCUCGCUCCCUCUCUCUGUGUCUUCUCUCUCCAGCUGUAACGUACAUAAAAGAAUUGAACAAUGAUUAAAUGUUUUCCCAGUCAUUGUCCACCCGACACUGUCAAUGAGGUGUCGGACCAUCAUGCUGCUGGUUAGCUGACUGAGCGUCUUUCUCAGUCAAGCUGCUUUUUGAGCUCUUCAGUACAACGGUAAUGCCCUCACCUUUCCUGUUAUCCGAAUGGACCACCCUUAAAUUGCCUUUGUGAAAUGUUGUUGAUGAAUCCAGUUUAAAAUGCUAGAACAAUCCAGGUUUCACCUUUAACCCCAUCCCAACUUCAGAAAUCACUUUCUAAAAAAGAAUGAGUACCUUUCGCUCACACGAUACAUGGAAUAGACUCUCACAUUUCUGUGUCAGUUAUAACACAGUGAUGCAUUUUUUUUAUGCAUACCGAUAAGACAAACGACGGCAUUGUCGUGGAUAAUUUGGGGCCAUUCGAGUUAUGCAACUUCGCUCUGCAUUUCAAGUUGAAUGUUUAACUUGCAUGACUUUCAACAAAGAGCAUUUGUUGGAUUGGUUUUGAGACAAAGCACAGCUGUUAUUAGGAAUGUACCACUGCGCUCCGUGGGGGGGUGGGCGGGGGGGGGGUCAUCAUCAUCACAUUUUUCGGCAAUCAUAACGUCAGCACGAGUGGCAUGGGGAACUAUCAGUUGGUACAUGUACAUGGUACAUGUGAUUUGUUAUUUGUUGGUAAUUAAAAAAGGAAAUCCGAGUUGUACAUGGAGUUGGAAAUGCCUCCAAAGAACAGCGACUGCAGCUUGUGCAUAAUAAAGCCAUCUCUUCUCUGUGGUCAGUACCUGCCUGGCUAUUUGUUUAUAUGCUUUUCCUUGUUUAUGGAAGAAAUUUCUUGCAAGAAACAUUCUGCAUAAACAACCAGAAAAUGCAUAAAUAUUAAGUUUAUUUGCUAUUUCUGGCAAGAUUUUGCUUUAAUAGCUCUGUAGCCUGUUUUCUUGGUUAGUCUUUCCUUGCAGCAUCUCAGCGCACUGUUUAAGUAGAAAACAGACAACUGCAAAUUAAACCAAUCAUAAAUCGAGACAGUGUUUGGUUAUUGGUUAUUUAUCAUGGUUGUAUAUACUUAAAUGUAUAGUGGGUUUAUCUGUUUUCAUUUAAUAUACUGUAUGUCUUUUUCAGUUUUUAUGUAGCAGUAUGAUGACAUUGUUAUUAGCCGAGUGCCAUUUUCUGGUUUGUUUCCUAGUGUUUGAUUUGAGGUUUCUAUCAUUGCCAUGUAAUCAAAGGCUCAAAUAAAGACAGAUACGUCAGUAAGAGUGGUUGUCUGUUUUGACAGCUGUUGCAGACUCAUUCUUUUGUCAAAGUGUAUAUUAUAUGUCUCUCAAAUAGAACAGAAUGUUUUCAUUUUAUGUACAUUUUGCUGUAUUUUUGUUCUAAUGAUAAAGGAAAUGCCCAGUGAGAAUCAAAAUGUUUGCCUUGUGAGUGUCAUCCUCCCAACUGAUUUAAUAAAACCAACAUUAGACAUACA